AUGCCCAAUACGAUGCUACAAGCUCCGAGUAUGUACACUACGCAAGAUCCAGCCAUGCAAAUGAUGCAAUUUAAUAACCAAUUGCGUAGUAUACAACAAUCCUAUAAUACCCCCACAAUGUCAUCUAUGAAUCCACUAUCAGUCAGAUAUGUUCCAAUGGACCAGUUACUCAGAAAUCCUGCACAAGAUCAACUUGUUCCAACAAUGGCAAUGGCAUCCGUUGUUGGAAUGCCGAUUGGUCAACCUCAAAUUAAUAUGCAACAAAAUCCUACAAUUCAAAUGCAGUCUCAAAUGAAUAUGCAACAAAAUCCUACAAUUCAAAUGCAACCCCAAAUGAAUAUGCAACAAAAUCCUACAAUUCAAAUGCAGUCUCAAAUGAAUAUGCAACAAAACCCUACAAUUCAAAUGCAACCCCAAAUGAAUAUGCAACAAAAUCCUACAAUUCAAAUGCAACCUCAAAUUCCUACACCUAGCCAAAUGCAACAGAUUAACAAUACGAUUCAGCAACAACAGCCAACGAUCAAUAUAAGUCGUUCGAGUCCAGUACAUAUGAUACAAAAUCAUCAAGAAGUAUUUAGAGGUAGUUCAUUACCAAAUUCUGAAUUAUUAAGACCUAUCAAUGCCGGACCAUUAUCUCGAACACCAAUCGAUUUUAGUAGCUCAAGUCCAUUGUUUGAUAUGGUAUAUGAACAUGAUAAUCGAUCGUCAAAAAAUACAGCACCAACAUUAUACCGUUGGAAAAAAGCAUCACCGGAUGGCCAUCGCCGACGACGUUUAUACAGUGGCAGCAGUUGUUAUGAAUCAGAUUCAUCCGAUUAUAGUGAUGACGAUUUGCAGUGGCACCGUCCAACAACAAAACGAGCUUCAUCAGCAAUGGUAGGCGGAAGCUCAAACGGGAAUCGAAUUCGACGUGAUAGUAAUGACAGUGACUAUGGACUCUCUGUUAAUUAUUCACCAAUCGUAUAUGAAAAAAAUAAUGGACAUUUAUUACCAUCAAUCAAUUCUAACGUUUCAUCGAACCAUGCCACAUCAAAAACUAAUAACAGUAAUACAUUAAAACUUCUGAUGUAUAUUAACGAUAAUAUCAUUGGCAAAGACUUUACAAUUAAUGGGCCAUGGGGAAUUAGACGAAUGCUUUAUUGUGAUUAUAUUGCAUCAGGCAGAGCGCUUCAAUUUAUUGAGCAUUUCAUUAAAACAACUGUGUUACCAUUAUACGGAAAUACCCAUAGUGAAAAUAGUCUAUGCGCAUUACAAACAUCAAAAUUUCGUGAUGAAGCACGAGCUCUGAUUAAAAAAUCUGUCAAUGCAACUCAGGAUGACGUAGUGAUAUUUACUGGCUCAGGAACAACUGGUGCAAUACAUAGACUUAUAACAGUAACACUUUCUGACAAAGAAAAUACAGAUAAUAUUGUUGUAAUGAUCAGUGCAUUUGAACAUCAUAGCAAUAUUCUUCCAUGGAAAGAAACAGGAAUUGAAGUUAUACGUAUUCCAACAACAAAUCAAGGAAUAUUAGAUAAAAAUAUUUUAAAAGAAAAACUUCAAUAUUAUACAAAUUUAAAAAAGAAAAUUAUUUGUUCAUUCAAUGCCGCUAGUAAUAUAACGGGUAUUAGAACAGAUGUCGAAUCUAUUAGUACAUUAGUUCAUACAUACAAUGGUUUAAUAUUUUGGGAUUACGCCACAGCUGCUCCCUAUGUUAAAGUUGAUAUGAAUUCUUCAGCAUUAGGCUAUAAAGAUGCCAUAUUUAUAUCUGUUCACAAAUUUAUUGGUGGACCUGGUACACCAGGUGUAUUAGUGGCUAAAAAACAUCUAUUUAAAAAUAGAAUACCUGGUGCAUGUGGUGGUGGUACUGUCAACUAUGUUACACGAACAUCCCAUGAAUAUAAUAAAGAUAUUGAAGUGAGAGAAGAAGGUGGCACACCAGACAUUGUUGGUUCAAUUCGAGCUGGAUUGGUGUUUCAAUUGAAGGAUGCAUUAGGUGACAGUUUUAUCGAAGCUGAAGAAAAUUCUUUAGUGAAAAAAUUCUUUAAACGAUUUCGAAAAGAUGAUAAAUUAAUUGUUCUUGGUUCACGCGACGUACCUCGAUUAGCCGUAUUUUCAUUUUUAAUUUAUGUUCCGAGUAUAUGCAAAUAUCUUCAUCAUAAUUUUGUUUCUCUAUUAUUAAAUGAUUUAUUUGGUAUUCAAGUACGAGCUGGAUGUGCUUGUGCCGGACCCUAUGCAUUGGAUCUGUUGAAUAUUGACAAUGUCAAAACAAAAAAAUUUAUAAUGUUUAUGACAGAUGAACCAUCUCGUCGUGUAGAUCAAGAUAAUGAAAAGGUUGAAAAAACUUUAAUGAUGAGACCCGGUUUUUGUCGUGUAAAUUUACCCUAUUUUGCUCCUGAAGAAGAAAUAAAUUUCAUUUUGGAUGCAAUAGAAUUUGUUGCUAAUUAUGGUUGGAAAUUUUUACCUUUAUAUACUUAUGAACCGGUGAGUGGUGCAUGGAAACAUCGUGGUCUAUAUCAACCUGUUUGUUCAAGUCUAGAACAAAUAACAUAUAGAGGAGGAAAAAUGCAACAACAUGGACGAAAAGAACAAUAUGACAAAGUAACUCAUGAUCCAUUGAGAGAAGCAAAAUUAAUUAUGCAAGAUGCAUUAAGACGUGUGGAUUUAAUUGACUAUAGAAUAGAUCCACCAUUGAAUAUUUCAGACAAAUAUAAAGAUUUAAUAUGGUUUGCGCUCCCUCUUGACAUUGCCACAAUGUUAGCAAAACAAAGAGAAGGACAUGAACAACGAUAUAAUAUAAAUGAUUUACCAUUUAUACCACAAGAAGCAAAGCAAUUAAAUAUUCAAAAACAUUCCAAUCGUGGUGAUAUAAUGGAUGAAAAAAGAAGUAAUGAUUCGAACAAUCGUAUUAAAAAACAUGCUCGAAUAUCGUCUCAACAUAAUUCUAAUAUACAUCGUUCACAUGCUGAACAAUAUCAGCAAUCAUAA